GGAAAGACUCUCGUCUCCUUGUCUUCAGACUCAGUGCUGUCCAAAAAGAUAUAGAAACAAAGCAAAUGAUAAGGAGCAAAUACGACUGCAGAGAAAAUAAACUGGAGAGAACAAAAGGCUGCCAUUUGUAUGCCAUUAAUACUCACCACGGCAGCGAAUUGAGGAUCGUUGUGGCUAUUCGGAACAAACUACUUCUCGUCACAAAGAAAUAUCAUCCACACAACAGUUUAACCAGCAGCUCUCAGCUAUCAUCAUCUGAAUCUCCAGUAGAAGAGUUCCAGUACAUCCGGGAAAUAUGCCUUUCUGACCCUCCAGUGGUUAUGACACUGGUGGAUGGACCUACUGAAGACAGUGACAAUAUGAUCUGUGUAGCAUAUCGGCAUCAGUUUGAUUUAGUUAAUGAGAGCACUGGGGAGUCCUAUAGAUUGCAUCAUGUUGAAACAAACAAGGUUAAUUUUGUUGCAGCUAUUGAUGUAUAUGAAGAUGGUGAAGCUGGUCUACUGUUGUGUUAUAACUAUGUUUGCCAAUACAGAAAGGUAUAUCCUUUCAAUGGAGGUUCUCCACUGAUCCAGCCAUCAGCUUAUGACUUCCACUUCAGCUGGAAUCAAGUUCCUUAUGCUGUUGUCUGUGCUUUCCCUUAUAUCCUUGCCUUCACUACUGACUCCAUUGAGAUCCGAUUAGUGGUGAAUGGGAACUUAGUCCACACAGCAGUUGUGCCUGAGCUUCAACUUGUAGCAUCAAGGUCAGAUAUUUAUUUUAAAGCCACUGCUGCAGUAAGUGGAUCAUCUGACAGCAGCUCUAAGGAAAUGAGUUCAAGGAGUUCUCCGCAAACACCAACAGCUUAUGAAAUGCCAGAAUGUCCUCUUUCUUCUCUAGAAGUUGAAGCUCCAUGCAAAAACCUGUACAAAAUUCCUCUCAGUAAUCUCGUUGGGCGAAGCAUUGAACGACCUCUGAAGUCACCUUUGGCUCCCAAGGUCAUCACUACCACAGCAUCCAGUGGCAUUGCCUCUCUUCCAGUUACUCACUCACUAUCCUUAUCUCGUAUGGAAAUUAAAGAAAUUGCAAGCAGAACACGUAAAGAAUUGCUGGGCCUCUUGGAUGAGCCUAUACCCAAGACAGAAAGUGCGCAGAAGCAAAAAAAGGUUCCUCGAAGACAGUCAGAUCCCAAGCAGGGAGCAAUAAGAUCAACUAGUAGUGACAGGUUAAUCUCAAGCUCUUUUGAAAGCUAUUCUGAAGGACGUCAUCUUUCUACUAGUUCAGAUCCCGAUACUUUAGCAAACAGGGAGGAGAGCUCACCAUCUAGCUAUCCAUUUCAGCUCAUUUCUUUAUAUGAUGAAGACAUCAUUGACUUGAAGUAAAGACAGUCUUAAAACCUUUCUUCCUUACUUCACAUUUUCUUACAACUCUGUGAGCUCUGUGGGAAUGUCACAAGCACUGCUUCUAGUGUAAAAUGUGGCUGGAAGUGUUGGUGGUUAAUCUUUAUAGAACCCAUGUUGUUCUGGCUAGCUCAGCCUGAUUUGGUGAUGCUUAUAUCUUUGACAUAGGUAUGUUUUCUUUUCUCAGUUAAUGAACCAUUACUUUUUGUGGCAUUCUAACAGUAGGUAAUGAAUGAGAGAUUUAGGUUGAAACUGAAGUAAAUAAGAAGUAUUACUUGUUCUGAGCUUCUUAUAAUUUGAAGUACCUGAAUGAUAUUAAGCUAAGUUAAUUGCUGUUAUUA